AGUGCAGAGUUUUCAGCGUCUAACAAACUGUUACGUUACGGCUGUCCGUGGUUUGCACUUUACAUACUUAUUCUUACCUUCUGAGCGUUUAUCAUAUAAUACAGAAGAAACAUUGUCAGUUAAAAUCCAAAUAACCAAACCAGUUUAGUAUUGCCUCUAAAAAUUUGUAUCUUCAGUUAUGACCUAUUAAUAAGUUUAUGUUAGUAGUUGGCUACUUAAGUAGCCAACAGGAAUGUGGGUGAAUUUACUAACAUUCUUAUAGUCUACAACUUGAAAAACGUUAUGCGAAUUUCACAGUGGUCAGCUUCACAUUAGGGUUUUCGUUAAGUGUUACUGCUUGCAUCUAAGAAACCCUAGGCGCAGAGAAUCCCAGUCGACAUUUACGUGGGGCGAAACGGUGGGAUAUUUGUCCAAUUACAAUGAAAACUCGGGGCAAAAUGCACGCUUUCGCAACCAUUUUGAGGAUACUAUGGAUGAACUAAGUAGUAUGCUUCAAUGGGAUAUUCGGUUAUCCGUAACACUUGAAGGUAUUGUAUGUGAUACAUCAGGUAGGUCGAUCGUCAAGUAUAAUUUCGGUCAUAGCGCUAAGCAAAGUCACGAUAAGUGUGUGGCAAACUGCUACUGUGGACCGCAUAGAGUGGCUAUCCACUGUACUGGAGAAGUUCUUUAAGAAGCCGUUUUCUGAAGUUGUUGUUCGUAAGCGCCAAUAUCAUGUGCAUUCAUUUCACCAGGAGCUACCUUCGACUUCCAUAGAUGCUGCAGUGACUGAGUAUAUAGUAACUGAGAUCUACACAGGGGUGCAGCAUUGGUUUCGCAACAUGAACUAAGGGAACGGUAGGAAAGGAGGGAAGUCGCACUCGAUGAGCCUCUUCCUUAAUUUCACCCUAAGGUUAUAGAAUGUAACCUUCCCGGAUUCCAUUCAGAAAUCCAUGCCCACAGACAUGUAUUGUAUGGAUGCCUUAGACGGAAGAGAACGUAUGGCGUACCAAAUCUAUGAUGCUGAGCAGCUGUGCAUCGAUUAAAACGUUUUACAAUAUCUGUUCAACUACAUUUCCUAACUUAAACGAACUACUUUUAUUUUAAUAAGGGCAUAUUGAUUUUGUUUCGCUCACAGUAUGUCAAAGUUUCCGGUAAGCGUCUGUUAUACAAUUAGGAAGCUUCAAAAUGUGGUGCUUGAAACUUCGGCCAAGCAUGAGGAACUGCAGAGUAUUUGGUAUGAAACUUGGGGCUAACUAAAAGAACUGUAGGAAAGUCUAAAAAACCCUCGCAAACUGCAAAAAGGUUUUGGGUUGCCGUAAGUACGCCCUGAGGUUUUUACUAAAGGAAUCAACCCGAAGUUAUUGAAGUGCUUUGUAAGUCUGGCUGAAUUAUGAUGACCUGCUAGUCUUGCGUAUCUGUUCCGUGAUCAAUGGCUUCGACCAUUUAGAGUAUGUAAAAAAAUGCACCGAAACGUUGUGCACAUUCGUGCAUUAGGCAAUGACCGUACCUGCUGUGAGGGUUAAUGAUACCACGUGUCUUCCUCAACCUCUGUAGGUGAAGCGGGGUUCGAACCCAUGGCCGACUAGUUGGAAGUCAACUCCCUAAACCGAUAAACCACAGCUGCACAAUCUGGCAUGUGAUGCUAAUAUAUCUAUCUCUACAAUGGCCAAAGUGUUGUUAUUAUACGUGCAAACCAUUUCAUAAGUGAUUAAGUGUUCGGGAAAUCCGAAGUGACAAAAAAUAAGCACAAGUCAUGGAGUUAUCUAUUUUCAGUACGAAGUGGUCUAUUAAGUGAUUAUGACUUGUUUAUUCAACUAUGAAAGAUAGUUUUCAAGAAGAGCUAGAGUGAGCUUAAAAAAAAUAUGGGACGACUAAAGGUUGAGAGAAGUAUCGUGCAGUACUACUUAGAUCGGCUCAAUUCUUUGUCUUCUAUUAAGGAUUUCGAGGAAAAACAUAUGUUCGUGCUGAAUACUUUCUUAGCAUUUCAAAAAGAUGGUUGGACAGUAGCACUAAGUCCAAAAAUUUGUUAUUGUCUAGAGGAGUUAAUUACUCAUGCAAACGUUGAAUGUAUUAUAGUUUUAUUGAAAACAAUGUCUAAAAAUUGGAAUGGAGUAAUUAAUAGCAAAUUUGCAUAUCAUGUACUUCAUAAAGCUUUACUUAAAUGUCAAGCAAUGGAGUAUCAUACUGAUGAAUUGAUUCUUGAUUAUGUACAAAGCUUUUGUGCUCAUAUGAAAGAAAAUCUGUCAAUUUAUAUAGAACAACAACAUGCAACGCAUACUUGUCGUAUUUAUCCACAAAUUUUAGCCGGAGUUUUAUUAGAAAAGGAUCAGAUAUCAAAUACUUAUAAGUCUACAAUUCAACUUGUUACUCCGUACGAUGAGAAUCAUGUUGUAACACUUACAGAUUUAUGCAAGAAAUUCCUUUUUAAAAAAGCACUAAAAGAUUAUGUGAAAAAUGAGAAUCUCUGUCCUUUUAUACAAGUAUUAUUGCUUGUUGCAUCUGCUCGUCUUAGUGAUAAAUUCAUUGAAAAAUUUAAAAAAAUUAUGAAAUACUCGGGAUUAUUUUCUUCUAAUACUCAGGGAGGUGAUUUAGACGAAAGAUAUCUAAGUGCCUAUACUCAUCCAGUUGUUACAUACUUUGCUGAACUUAUGGUGGAAGUUAUGCCGGGAGCUUAUUUUGCUGACUUCUUAAACGAUUACAUCUUAUUAAAAUGCUCUAAAUCUUCAGAUGGCGUAGAUUCUAUAUCAUUAGCUGAUCUUUUCAUGUCACAUUCAACUGCUAGUCGUGUUUUACGUGCAGUUAUCCGACGUCUAACCAAACCGAUUGAUAUUCAAAAUUUUUUACGAGUUAUCCAGUCUUGCAAAGAUAAUAAUUAUGGACUAUGUGGUGCUCUUUCCAAUGGACAAUAUAAUGUAUUAACUGAACUGGCCGAUUUAUGCAUUAGACAUCCAUCUGAAGAAUUUCAACGUACAUUCUUACGGGUGUUACCUAAAGUCUUUGGAUUUUCAGAAAAGCAUAUUCCAUCUUCAGGUCGAGAAGAUCUAUUCAUUCGUUGUCUUAUUGGAAUGACUUCUGUUGGGGCGUUGAAUGAUUACUUGCAAAAGAAUUCAAUUAAGCAAGAAACAGUUCAAGGUGAGGAGAAUGACAAUGACACUACAAGUGAAGAAGAUUUAAUCAAUCCAGUCACACUACCAGGAUGUUUGUUUGUUCAGACUUUAUUGAAAUUCACGUAUGCUUAUCCUACUAGAAUUGUCACCAGUUUGUUAACUCAAUCAUCUAAACGUCUAAUUGAAUGGGCUAAACAUACUCAACUAUCAAGAGUUUUAGAAGCAACGAUUUUAUCGGAUUCUGUAGCUAGUGAACGCAAAAUUGGACUGCUUAAAGCCCUAAUGAAUGGUUCCUCUAUUCUAGCAUAUGAUGUUAAUGGAAGUUAUGUUAUAGAAGCUUUAUGGACAGCUACAAAUUCACUACCUCAACCAAUAAUUUAUAAGGAAUUAAUGGCGGAACAGCUAAAUACCUUCGCUAGUCAUCUACAUUCACAUAGAUACGGUCAUUUUGUCUACAAGAAAUUGUCAUUGGAACUUUAUAAAACUAAUAAAACCCUCUGGUUGAGUCGUAACGCACCUGAUCGAUUACUUAAGAAACGAUCAUCGCUUGAAAAUGGUCAAAGAAAAGAUGGUUCAAAACGUGCUCGGGGUGCAUUCAAGUAAUAAACAUGUAAAAAAGACUACUACUAUUGUGUACAUAUACUACUUAAAUAAAGCUUGUGCAUGAGAAUGU